GGUCCUGGGGUCCGUGCACACCUGCACCACCAGUUCAGGGCGGUGUAACUGCCAGCCCCACUCCCUGGCAAAACAACCUUUAUGUAUAUCUGUGGGAUGUGUCUCUGCUCACAUCCAGGACCCCCAAAGUGGGUUAUAACUAUGGUGCAAUGAUUUGUCCCGCCCAAGAAGGGGUGAUUAACUACACAUCUUUGAUUGAAAUGGUAGAUUUACACGGAAACUUUAACACCCAGCGGACCAGUAACACACCUGACGCAGCCCCAGAAAUUUGACCGGCCCGCGUCCGUCCCCGGGGACCGCCUCCUGCCUCUGCAUCCUGGGAGCCGCAGCCCCAACCAGUUCCGGGAACUUGUAGUCCAGGAUCGAGCCUGUAGUCACUCUUCUAAUCCUAUCAGCUCUCCAACACCGCCCUCUGCCGGCCUUUCCUUGGGUCGCCGGGAUCACAAGCCCCUAACCCGGAAGCGAACCUUCGUCUUCCGGGUUGAGCGACCGGGCUUCCGCACGUGGUUGAGUUGCCGGGACCCUGGGCCCUGCUCUUGAGAGGUGACUUCAACAAUUAACCUCAAAGCUAGGAGACCGAUCCGGAGCCAUGGAGGGCCAGAGCGUGGAGGCACUGCUGGCAAAGGCGGAGCAGGAAGAGGCAGAGAAGUUGCAACGCAUCACAGUGCACAAGGAGCUGGAGCUGGAAUUUGACCUGGGUAACCUGCUGGCUUCCGACCGCAACCCCCCGACUGUGCUGCGGCAGGCGGGACCCACGCCGGAGGCCGAGCUGCGGGCCUUGGCACGGGACAAUACGCAGCUGCUCAUCAACCAGCUGUGGCAGCUGCCCACGGAGCGCGUGGAAGAGGCGCUGGUGGCCCGGCUGCCGGAGCCCACCACGCGCCUGCCGCGUGAGAAGCCAAUCCCACGGCCGCGGCCGCUUACACGCUGGCAGCAGUUCGCGCGCCUUAAGGGCAUCCGUCCCAAGAAGAAAACCAAUCUAGUGUGGGACGAGGUGAGCGGCCAGUGGCGGCGGCGCUGGGGCUACAAGCGCGCCCGGGAUGACACCAAGGAAUGGCUGAUCGAGGUUCCCGGUAGCGCCGACCCCCUAGAAGACCAGUUCGCCAAACGGAUUCAGGCCAAGAAGGAACGCGUAGCCAAGAACGAGCUGAACAGGCUGCGUAAUCUGGCCCGAGCGCACAAGAUGCAGCUGCCCAGCGCGGCCGGUUUGCACCCUACCGGACACCAGAGUAAGGAGGAGCUGGGCCGCGCUAUGCAAGUGGCCAAGAUCUCCACCGCCUCAGUGGGGCGCUUCCAGGAGCGCCUCCCCAAGGAGAAGGCUCCUCAGGGUUCAGGCAAGAAGAGGAAGUUUCAGCCCCUUUUUGGGGACUUCGCAGCCGAGAAAAAGAACCAGUUGGAGCUACUUCGAGUCAUGAACAGCAAAAAGCCUCAGCUGGAUGUGACGAGAGCCACCAACAAGCAGAUGAGAGAAGAGGACCAGGAGGAGGCCGCCAAGAGGAGAAAAAUGAGCCAGAAGGGCAAGAGAAAAGGGAACCGGCAGGGUCCAGGAGGCAAGAGGAAAGGCGGCCCGCCCAGCCAGAAGGGGAAGAGAAAAGGAAAUUUGGGAGGCAAGAUGCAUUCCGGGCCACCUGGCUUGGGUGGCAAGAGAAAAGGCGGACAGCACCAAGGAGGAAAGAGGAGGAAGUAACACUUCAUUCACCCUUGGACCUGUUCUGUAAAGAACGAACUGUAUGCUAAAUGUUAAGUUUUUGGUACUGUCGCAGGGCGGGACCACUGUCUUCAUUGAGUUUGAGGUUGAAAGGACAAAAUUGUCCUCUCCUCAAGAAAGUAUGUAAGUGUUGUUCGACUGUACAGAUCAAAGUCUUUCCUACAAACGAGACCUUAGCUAGUGAUGAAGGGUAUAUUUGAGGACACAAGGGUUAGAAAAAUAAUUUGGGCAUUUUACUUUGGGGUUAAGGGGUGAAGGAGAGUUGGUGACAUUUCAGAGACUUAUGGUAGAUUAAUUUAUAUAUUUUAGCAUUUGUUAUUUUUGUAACAAGGUUUUGUUAUGCUCAUCAGAUCUGGGAGGGGAGAGGAAAGAUGACAUUUUCCUAAGUUGAUUUAAAGAAACUGUUGUGGGGCUGGGGCUGUAGCUCAGUGGUAGAGCACUCACCUAGCAUACAUGAGGCACUGGGUUCAA